GUUCUUCUCUUGUAAACCGAAAAUCUCUUUGACCUGAUCUUGUAACUCGGUUUAUCCUCUGAUUUUUAACCUAACCGGAUUUCCACGUGUGUAGAACCACGUGACCACCAGCUUCCAUUAAACCUUGCGAGUUUCUUCUGUCUCGCUUGGAAGCUUCUUCAUAUGUCUCUCCUCCUUGAGACGUGAACUCCAUAAAUCAGUGAGCCUGUGCUCUGAUACCACUUGUAGGGGUUAUGAUACCCACUUGUUACAGAAUACAAGCUCAUAAUACUCUUGUCUCUUUCACUACUCAUACGAUUCAUCCUUGUUCAUGACUCAAGAAAUUUUCACCCAGUUCACGGCCAUAGCGCGCUACAUCUGGGGUGGAUCCAAGAUCCACAACAUCCACUAUGAAGUAUCGGAAAACACAUCCGAUGUGGUUUACAAGAUCAUUACUCUCUUUGUCGUGGGUAUACAAACCCUAGAGAGUAUAAAGAGUUUACAAGAGAACUACACGGCUAAAAACUAAGCCUAGAACAACAUAUCUAUGUUUAGCUUACUCUAUCUCCCCAAAAGAUGCCAUGGAAGCACACCCUGGAUGCUUGAGGCUCCUGCCUCCCAGAGACUUGGCUUUCGCCACGCUUUGUGCUUGGAGAUCCAUGUCGUGAUCUCUCCUUCUUUGUAUCAGCACUUGACCUAAUGGGCUUCAACGAUUAGGUCCAUAUGUUGUCCGCGCGUAACUUGUGCAAGCCGGCCCAACAUUAAACAUGUCUGAUGGGCUUGACCAAACCUCACAAACAUAAACUCAAAAAAGAAUGAAUCCCAUGUUUUACUUCCUUCUUGCCUUAACUGCUGUUUUGACCGUGACCGGAAGCCCCGGCGAACCAGUUCUCGAUAUUCAUGGUGAUAUCAUAUUCGAUUGCAGUUACUACGUUCUCCCCCGCAUUUCCGGCCCUGGAGGUGGCGGCCUGACUCUCAGCUCCCGUGGUGAUGAUUGGUGUCCCCUCUAUCUCAAACUGGAAUAUUCAAAGGUUAAUAUGGGCAUUCCCGUAAAAUUCUCAGACUGGAGGACUAAAGUUGCGUACGUUCCCGAGUCAGCGAACCUCAACAUCCAGAUGGACGUCAAAGCCACGAUAUGUGGUCAGUCAACAUAUUGGUAUGUCCCUCCGGUCGAGCCCAUCACGGUCAUUGAGGCGUUGUUCUUAGCGGCUGGUCCUAAACUGUCGGAUGGUUUCUUCCAGAUCAAGAAAAUUAAAGAUGCUCUUGGCGGUUACAAGAUUGUGUUUUGUGUUAACAAUAACGAUUGCAGCGAUAUUGGGAUAUUUGUGGAUAAACAGGGCGUUAAGCGUUUGGCUUUAAGCUCUACGCCAUUCGAUCGAGGUUAGGUUCAUGAAAGCUACUGAGACAGAGCCUUCGUCCAAGCCUAUUAUGUCUAUAAUCUAAGAGAGAUUAAAGACUACAAAAGUAAAAGGAUAAGAGUUAUAAGUAAUGACUAAUAAUAAAACUCUAUCUGUGUUUCUGUUUUCUUUGUUCAUCUUAAUUGGAAUAAAACAUCUUUCCUUUGUUUUUUUUUUCUUUUUAAUUAGCUCCCUAGUUUAAGAUUCAUAUAACUCGGAAAUUAAAAGAAAGACAUUUUCUCGCUUUGUGUUACAACUAUUAACCUCUUGAUGGCAAACGCAUCAAGCUUGAGAUGUGGACAUAACCAGCAUAGAAUAAUAAGAGCUAGGGCAUCAAGCUUGAGAUGUGGACAUACCCAGCAUAGAAUAAUAAGAGCUAG